CGGAGGAGGAGGAGGAGGAGGAGGAGAGGCGUCGGGAGCGUGAGCGUCUGCAGCCAGCGGCUCUGAGGGGAGUGCCGCGCAGAACCGGGGCAGAACCGGGGCAGAACCGGGGCAGAACCGGGGCAGAACCGGGGCAGAACCGGGGCAGCGCCGAGGCGGUGGAUGCCGUCCAGCCGUCGCCAGCCCGGCGCCCUGAACUCAUCGCGGCGCCUCAUCAGCUUCACCGUGGAGUGCAGCUCUUUACUUUCAAGCCUCUGUGUCAUUUCGCUCUGCGUCGUGGGUCUCGCACGGGCAGCGUGACAUCAGCACGGACUUCAUGAACCUGCGGUUCUUUUCUCAAGCUGCCGAUCGAUGGCGGUGGCGGCACUUUACACAGCUCUGGGCUUGAGACGCGUUCGCUGAGAUCACACAGUGCAUCGGCCCAAACACAGUGACGACUUGCUGCCGUAUGACAACAGGGUCGCCAUAGCAACCCGCCGAGCACGAACGCUAAUUCCCCCGGCCCUCGCGUUGCAGACCGGCAAACAUGUCCGACCUCGAGGACCUGGGCAAGACGGCGGCGGCGGCCAACGCGUCCGAGAGCCACCAGCUGAACCCCACCAGCGUGAUCGUGUCCGUGGUCUUCUCCCUCAUCUUCCUGCUGGGCACCGUGGGCAACAGCCUGGUGCUGGCCGUGCUGCUGCGCAGCGGCCAGGUGGGCUACAACACCACCAACCUGUUCAUCCUCAACCUGAGCGUGGCCGACUUCUUCUUCAUCAUCUUCUGCGUGCCGUUCCAAGCCACCAUCUACUCGCUGGAGGGCUGGGUGUUCGGCUCCUUCAUGUGCAAGGCGGUGCACUUCUUCAUCAACCUCACCAUGUACGCCAGCAGCUUCACGCUGGCCGCCGUCUCCGUGGACAGGUAUCUGGCCAUUCGCUACCCGCUGCGCUCCAGGGAGCUGCGCACCCCUUGCAACGCAGUGGUUGCCAUGGUGAUCAUCUGGGGUCUCUCCCUGGUCUUCGCCGGUCCGUAUCUCAGCUACUACGACCUGAUCGACUGGGCCAACAGCACCGUGUGCAUCCCCGGCUGGGAGGAGCGGGACCGCAAGGUGCUGGACACGUGCACCUUCGCGUUCGGCUACGUCGUCCCCGUGCUGAUCGUCAGCCUGUCGUACACGCGCACCAUCAAGUACCUGUGGACGGCCGUCAACCCGCUGGACGGCAUGUCGGAGUCCAAGCGGGCCAAACGCAAGGUGACGAAGAUGAUCAUCAUCGUCACGGUGCUGUUCUGCAUCUGCUGGCUGCCGUACCACGUGGUGAUCCUGUGCUACCUGUACGGGGACUUCCCCUUCAACCAGACCACCUACGCCUUCCGGCUGCUCUCCCACUGCAUGGCCUACGCCAACUCGUGCGUCAACCCCAUCGUCUACGCGCUGGUGUCCAAGCACUUCCGCAAGGGCUUCAAGAAGGUGUUCAGCUGCAUCCUCAGCAAGCGCGGCAGGAACAAGGUGCACGUGGUGCACGUGGCCAACACGGUGCCGGGCUUCGAGGCGGGCUCCACGGAGGUGUCGCAGGUGAACGAGGAGAACGGGCGGCAGAACGAGUGCGAGAUGACGAACCGGCGGCGCGCGGAGCCCAGAGAGGCCACGGUGGCGCUGAGCCACUUCCAGAGGCGGACGUGACGGCUGACAGCGAGCGCGUGAGGAGUGGCCGUGAAAAACUGUUUCACAGUCACCACCAAAAAGCUGCUUACGCUGGUUUGUAGGUGCGAGUCAGGGGUUUUACUGGGAGCGGACGUUUCUAAGUGUUGCCUUCUGCCUUAACUGUGGCUUUGCACCGUGGUGUUUCCAUCCAUGGAAUCCCUGUCGUCCCUGCACUUUGAA